AUGGCAGGACUUUCACAAGAAGAUCGCGACGUUAUCGAGAACCAUCCUCUAACCAACUCAGUCAAUCGUUUCCAAGGUGUGCUUCAGGAAGCUGAAAAAAUCUAUGAGUCACGCCUAAUUUCCUAUGAUGGCGCUGUUGAUAGCCUUGACCAACUCUAUCGAAAUGCAAUUUCAAAACUCCUGUCUGCUUUACAGGGAGAGGAUGCAGUUUACAAACUUCGCUCACGGAUAAGUGAUAGAAAAUUGGUGUCUGAUAUAGCACACUUAGUCGAGUGUCUCCAAAAAGCAAAAGAAAACUUCAAGUACGAUGACUACCGGCCGUUAGUGCACUUGGUUAUUCAAAGGCCUCCGACUGAAUCCCAGCACAUUGCAACCUGGAACUUCGAUGUCUGGAAAGCUGUAUUUAACCUCAUUGACAACAUCCCUCGAUCAACUCCUCCGGCGAGCGUUCCCCCCUCCUUUGACAGCACCCCAGUCAGAUCCACCUCAUCAUCGCAGAAAGGUUCUGAGCAGACGCGUGAGUUGGUGAAUCUGAGAAUCUUUGGGGAGAUAUGUGGCUGCACAUUUCAAGAUGUUGAGGGCUUCUUCAACAAGUACUUUGAAGGGAAAGACUGGAGUGACAAAGCAGAUGCCAUCUGUCGACGCGUGCUGAACCCAGACAGUGAUGGUGAUUGGGCCCAGUUUCCUGAUCCUCCUACGCAGGACAAUGUCCUUGCCUGGUGGUUCCGUCUUCAAAAAGACCUUCUCUCGGAAUCACGCAGCACCUACCACACCACAGCAAGCAAAGCAGAUCUUACCAGUUCUAAGGCAAAACGGCAAGUCAAUCUCCUUCUGAGAGCUAGAAGUACAAGCCCCUUGCAAAACAAACACAACUGGAGAGACAUCCUGGUGGUUGGCGAGCUUAAAAAACCUGAGGAGAAGCUCGGGACCAAAGCCACAUUACUGCAGAUAGGCUGCUACGUGCGUGAGGUCUUUGCUGCACAGCCCACACGGCGGUUCGUCCACGCAUUCACUGUCUGUGGGACCAAGAUGGAGGUGUGGGUGUUUGACCGCUCAGGCCCUUACAGCUCGAGCAUCAUCGAUGUCUCUGUGGACUCAAGACAGUUCUUUCAGGUGCUUGUGGGCUACACCAUGAUGAGCGACGAGGAGCUGGGAGUGGACACCUUUAUUGCUAGGGAUGAAGACGGCGGCAAAUCAAUAACUGUCAAAGGACCUGGGAACUCAGAGGAAAUGAUGCUGCGGCUGAGUGAAAUGCUUUCUUUUCAACCUGCCAUUGUGUGUCGCGGGACCACAUGUUUUCUCGCAGACUAUGGACAAGUGAAAGGUGUAGCCAAGUUCUCGUGGGUAUCAGACAAGCGGCGCCCAGAGGUGGAACUCCUUGAGCUAGCGUGUCGAAAAAAUGUCCAAGGGGUCGCUAGGAUCAUUGGCUAUAGUACCAUCACAAGUAUCGCCAACAUGCGCAGCGGCCUGACCUUCGUUGACAAGCGCCACGACUUCAAAAGCGCACCCCCCAGUACAAUCUCCUCAUUUCAUCAAUCUCAGCCGCUCACCGAACCCUGUCGCUUGGAUAUCCGUCGAAAAUCAUCUUCCAGGAAACGCAGAUCUCCGGACAAAGGGAUGCAGGUGUCCAAACGAUCGCGUUCCAUCGAUCAACCGUCAAGGGACACUCAGCAGGAGAAUGAACUAGCUUUCUCCGUUCAGUCGGCGCACGAGCCAAGCCUCUUUGACAGGAAUGGUGAGGAACCCUACGACAACCGUGUCCUCCGCUGUCUGGUGAUAUCGCCCGCUGGCCGGCCGAUCUACAAGUACAAAUCACCCUCAGAGCUGCUCAUAGCGCUUCGCGAUGCAAUAAAGGCCCACCGUUCUCUUUACUUGGAUGGAAACAUCCUUCAUCGGGAUAUUUCAGAGAACAACAUAAUAAUCACCAAUCCUGAAAAGGCAGGUGGUCACUCUGGCAUGCUAAUUGAUCUAGACCUUGCCAAAGAAGUUGGAAGCGGGCGAAGCGGCGCACGCCACCAGACCGGCACGAUGGAGUUCAUGGCGAUCGAGGUGCUGCUUAAUAUCGACCACACCUAUCGGCAUGAUCUCGAAUCGUUCUUCUACGUCCUUAUCUGGCAAUGUGCCCAUCACGGUUGGGAAAAACUAGAUGAGCUACAGAGGCAGAGACAGGAUCGGCCGAAAGACAGCAUGUUGAAAAAGUGGUAUAGUAGCACCUUCAGGGAUAUUGCAACUUAUAAACGAGGCAACAUGGAAGCUGGCGGAUUUGAAUACCUUCUGCAAGAGUUUCCACCAGGAUUCGAGUGCGUCAAACCCCUCUGCAGGACCAUACGAGGCGUGAUGUUUCCUCAUGGGAAGGAAGGACUUAUUGUUGGAACACCGCAAGACCCAAAAAGGCUAUAUGAUCCUAUUAUUAAGGCGUAUGAUGAUGCGAUAGCUCUGAUUGAAACCGAAUAUGAAUAA